UCUUUGUCUCUUCUCUUUAUAACACACAAGUCCAGCGGCCGAGCUGAGCUGAGCUGAGCUCAGCGCGACGCGGCAGUGUGAGAAGGUGUUCGUCCAUGGCGCCGCAGCUGGCCACGCUGGCGGAGGAGCCGGGAGGCGGCGAGGAGGCCGCGCGGGGGCGGCGGAGGACCGGCCUUCACGCGGCGCUCCACCGCUGGGCCCGGGGAGCGCGCAUCCCGCUCCGGUUUCUUUCCGGUGGGGGAGGCGGCGGCGGCGGGUAUGGUGGAGGCGGGGGGCGGCGCCCCUCCGCCGACCUGCGCGUGCUGCUGUCCGUCCUCGCAUGCCCGCUCUCCCCCGUCCCCGUCCUCCCGCGCCACCCGCGCAACGUGGCGUCGUCGGCGCAGUACAUUCUCGAGCAGUUCCGGGCGACGACGGGGUGCGCCAAGAUCGAGGGCGCGGCGAAGAGCAUGUACGCGGCAGGGAGGGUGCGGAUGGCCAUGGCGCCGGAGCCCGGCGCCGGCGCCGGUGGAGGAGGAGGCUGGCACGAGGGGUGCUUCGUGGUGUGGCAGCUCGUGCCGGACAUGUGGCUCGUCGAGAUGGCCGUGGCCGGGCACGCCGUCGCCGCCGGCUGCGACGGCCGCGUCGCGUGGCGCCGCACGCCCUGGCUCGGCGCCCACGCCGCGCGCGGCGGCGGCGCGAGGCCUCUCCGCCGCGCCCUUCAGGGGCUGGACCCGGUGACGAUCGCGUCGGUGUUCUCGGCGGCGGAGCACGUCGGCGAGAAGCAGGUGGAGGGCGAGGACUGCUUCGCGCUGCGGCUGGACGUGGGGCCGUCGGUGCUGUCGACGUGGAGCGACGGCGCGGCGGAGGUGAUCCGGCACGGCAUGACGGGCUACUUCAGCCAGCGGAGCGGCCUCCUCGCGCGCCUGGAGGACUCGCAGCUCACCCGCAUCCAGGCCCCCGGGGCGCCGGCCAUGUACUGGGAGACCACCGUCGCGUCCAGCGUCGCCGACUACCGCGCCGUCGACGGCGGCGCCGUCGUCGCGCACGCCGGCAGCUCCGUCGCCCACCUGGCGCGCUUCGGCGCCGACGUCGGCGCCGCCCGCGCCGUCACGCGGAUGGAGGAGGCCUGGACCAUCGACGACGUCGCCUUCAACGUCGCCGGGCUCUGCCCGGAGUCGUUCAUCGCACCGGAGGAGGUGAGGAUCAGCAGCCGCCGCUACGACGACGCCGCCGCCAUCACCAAGAAGCAGUGACGUCAUAUGGGACAAAAGUGAUCAAAUGGUUAUAUUAAUUACUCUAUCUCUCUCCUAAUUAGUGAUUAGCUUGGUGAUUUAAUUAACUAUUAGUUAUGAGAUUUGCUUCAGCCCAACAAAAAGUAACAAAAAGUAUUUCGUGGUACCAAAUCGUUUCUGAUUAUUAGAUCUAACGGUGUACAUUCUACUCAGCUAAAUCCAAUGGGGGGAAACAAUUUGGUAUCUUGAGAUAUCGGUAUCUCGAGUUACUUUUUGUUAGACCGGAGCAAAUUUAAUUAGUUAACCCGGUGGAUCUUAAUUACUCUCAUCAUCUUGUAACCUGCAAGAGACAGCAUGUGUGGCAUAUAAUUCCUAGUUACUCUUUGCUAGCUAUAGGUGAGUGUAAUUUUUCUUUCUUUCUUUCUUUCUCUCUUUUUUCUCUCUUUUACCUGUUAAUUGAUGAGUGUGAGGGACUGGGAUGCAAUCAUGCACCUAUGUUGUACAUAUGCCAGUACUACUGGAAUCACAAGAACAAUCAGUAUGAGUUAAGGGUUACACACUUGAGUCUCGAAGUCCUGUAAGAAUUUUUCUUUUUUUUUUGGAGGCAAAGGGAGUAAAUU